AUGUCGAACUCAAUCAUACAAUUGCUUGCUUCUGAUAAAUUUAAUGGGGAGGGAUAUUCGAAAUGGAAGUCAAACAUUAAUACGAUAUUAGUUGUAGAUGAUCCGAGGUUUGUGUUGACGGAGGAAUUUCCUCCGGUUCCCAGUUCAACAGCCAAUCGAAAUAUUCAGGACAUCUAUGAUAAGUGGGUGGGGGCGAAUGAGAAAGCUCGGGCCUAUAUCUUAGCGAGUAUAUCUGAUGUACUCAAUAAGAAGCAUGUGAUCAUGCCUACCGCCCGUAAAAUAAUGGCGUCAUUACAGGAGAUGUUUGAGCAACCGUCACCCUCUGUUAGACACGAAGCCAUUAAGUAUGUCUAUGUUACGCGCAUGAAAUAUAGAACCAACGUAAGAGAACAUGUUCUCGAUAUGAUGGUUCAUUUUAAUGUUGCGAAGGCUCACAGGGUGAUGAUAGAUGAGACAAGUCAAGUGAGCAUGAUACUGGAAUCUGUCCUGGAGAGUUAG